AUGCGCCUAUCCGCCUUUAUACGCUCUACAGUGUGUCUUGGAACAUGCUUAGGAGCCCGUGCUGCGUUGACACCAAUUUCAAAUUGGGGAACGAACCCAACAAAUUUGCAAGUGCAGGCUUAUAUCCCAUCUAAACUGGAGGCGUCGCCAGCUGUAAUUCUUGCUCUACACACUUGUGGUGGAUCGGCGGCAUUUUAUCACAUGGAUGCGAAUUAUGACCAGUAUGCCGACAAGAAAGGGUUCAUCGUGGUUUACCCUUCUACUACAAAGGAUAAUAACUGCUGGGAUGUUGCCUCCACAAAAUCUCUCACAUACGAGGGAGGAGGCGAUAGCACUGGUCUGGCAAACAUAGUGAGGUACAUGAUCUCCAAGUACAACGCGGACCCGAAGAGAAUCUUCGCAGUAGGCUCGUCAUCCGGGUGCAUGAUGACGAACGUGCUCCUGGCCACUUACCCGGACCUAUUCAACGCGGGAUCCUGCUACUCUGGCAUUCCAGCAGGCUGCCUGGCAGGGUCUCCCGGGUCGAGUCCUCAGAGUGCUGAUCCUACGUGCGCCAACGGCCGGAACAUCAAGACGGGGGACCAAUGGGCGAAGCAGGCAAAAGCAAUGCGACCGGGCUGGAACGGAACCUACCCCCGCCUGCAAACCUUCCACGGAAGUGCGGAUACUUUUGUUUCCUACACUAAUUUCGGAGAGCAGCUGAAGCAGUGGUCGACUAUUCAUGGCAUUAGUUUCACCGGGAAUACCACGAACUCGCCACGCGCGGGUGAUACGAAAAUGGUGUAUGGAGAUGGUAGCGUCUUGGUUGGGAUUUCUGUUGCCAACGCUGGCCAUCCUGUUCGUGAUGAUCAACAGGCUGACUUGGCCUGGUUUGGCCUAUUGUAAUGAUGAGACGGGGAUGUAUGAUUUGGGAGAGUGAUGAAAUUGAACUCGUCCAUCUUCUUGUCUAUCUUUUUCCUAUCUGUUUGUUUUGCUUCCAUCGUUUACCUUUACCUGCCUAAGUAGGCAUGACAUGACCCCUCUUGUGGUCUGCCGAUGCUGGCAGCCGAUCUGCAGAAAUUACCUAGGUACUUUUGGCUGUAUGCGUGGCCAAGUUCUUUCAUUCCAAAGUCAAAUAGUGGUUUUCUAGAUUUGUUGAUAAAAAAUGGUGUUGCCCACCCAUUCACGGAUAAAGGAGAAUUUCCAAAAGUAGAAAAUGACUUUUGGUUUUGAAGUUGAAGUUGUAGAA